CGUGCGUUUUGGGCACUGCCUUAUCGGUAUCAACUCCCGUUAUCAGAGACACAACUCUUCUCACUCUCUUCCUCAAUCUCUCCUCCAUACAUUCAUAUCCUCCUUCCACCACAUCGCCGCCGCGGCUCUGCAACUCCUUGGCCUCACUCUGCUACGUCGCACCGCCGCCUCGCUGGGCUCCUCUGCUUAUUUUCCCGCCGCUGCUUUGUCGUGCUCCCCGUCGUGCUCCUCUGCUGCUCGUGCCGCCUCUAAUCCCUAAUCUGCAGGGUGGUGGGCUUAUCAGGUAGGCUGCUAGUGCGUGAUGGUGGUGCUUCAUAGCACAUUCUUUCUACUGUCCAAAUACCGAACCGAAUCUCCGUCUUAUUUGUUAUAUUGAAAUCACUGAGGUGGUCGUCUGAUUCACAUUUGUAAUUUUUGGUGAUGUUCAACAAAGGUGUGUCUGAGUGUCCCCUUGAGGGGCAUCCAAUCAAGAAUCUUAGAAUCUGUAUGCCUUCAAUAUCAUCCACAGAAUCUGUACAGCUUAAAGGUCCACUAUUAAGUUUCCCACCUAAUAUGAAGUCGUUCUUUCUUUUCACCUUCUCAUAAACCCACUUUCAGUUCUUGACCAAACACGACCUUAAGACCCCAUGGUUCCCCUGAAGCCUUACCACCAUUUCUCUAGCCUCUCUAUUUCCAUAGCUCCCACUUUCUGUCUCCAGCCUCACUUUUCCUCUCCUCCAUUUUCCUUCAACUACCGAUUUCAUGCACCAAAAUCACACUUCAAACUCAAGAAUUCAUUCUCUUUUCCCACUUCUAACUUUCUCAAGGUAUCAAGAAUUGGAGUAUCAGUUUGUACUAGUGAAUAUGAAGAAGAAGAAGAAGAAGAAAAGAAACUUUCAACAGAGCUUAUGGACUUGUCGCCAAAUGGCCCAGUGUACCAGAAAACACUUCAAUUGGUUGAGUGCUCCAUGUUUGCUGCACUUACUGGUUUGGUUUACUUCUUGAGCAACUCUCUUGCUAUUGAGAAUUACUUUAGUUGUUUCUUCUCGUUGCCUAUAGUGAUUUCCUCAAUGAGAUGGGGUGUUGAUGCUGGAAGGAAAACACUGGUGGCAACAACUGUACUUUUGUUUGUCUUGUCUGGUCCAGUCAAAGCUCUAACUUAUCUGCUUAAGCAUGGCAUUGUUGGUUACACAAUGGGUAUUUUAUGGAGGUCUGGAGCAAGUUGGAACCUUUCGAUUUUCUUGUGCACAAUUGUACGAUCACUAGGAGCUGUUGGCUUUGUCUUAAUUUCAUCUUUCUUAAUAAGGGAAAAUAUACUAGCUUUGAUCACCAUUAACAUUCAUGCUUCUCUUACAUUUCUGCUUACCGCCUCUGGUGUUAAUUCCAUUCCCUCGUUGAACAUGAUAUAUACCCUGUUUGGCAUUUUGGUUUUGAUCAAUAGUGGGUGCUUCAUGUUCUUGCUUCACCUGCUGUAUUCCGUUUUCCUCGCCAGAAUGGGGAUGAAAUCUCAACUAAGGUUACCAAGAUGGCUGGAGAGGAACCUCUGAUGCUGUAUGUAAUCAAGAGUUAGCAAAAUUAAUGUUGGAAUUGUAUUCAUUCUCCCUUUUACUGCUUCAGAAAAGGGACAGUGCUGAGGCUGUAUAUCAUUUAUGGUGUAUAAUAAUUUGACGCGCUACACAGAUGAAAGGUGAAUAUUAACAGAAAAAUUAAAUAGUGUUUCUUAA